UGUCAUUGGCUUGUUGUUGUGCGCUUAUAAUUUUAAAAUUGGAAAAUAAAUAAUUCUUCACAAAUCUCGGAUAUGAAUAACAUGGCCUAUUCGCCUGACGUGCGAAUUCCAGGAUUUCUUACCCCUUUGCGCUCCAAAGAACUGCUGGAAAGGCAGAGGGGUGGUAAAAGUGUCCCUAAGAAGGAGUAUUUAACCUCCAACAAGCCUUUAGGCCUCGAAAAGCCAGAGAACAAACCUUUGAUCAUAAGAUUGCCAAAAAGCGUACCUUCUAUUAUAAUUACCGAUGCGGAUUUGGAACGUCCUAAGGAAUUGCUACAGCGGCUGGAGAGAUCCAUAGAUCGAUCGGCCUCUACAUCCAAGAUACCAUCUAAAAAUGCCAUUCUAACGUCCCAAACUAGGCAGCGAACCUGGGAAGGACCCAAAAACCACGAGCUUAGACCUUCCAAAAUAGUCAUACCCUCUUCAGAACCUUGCCCUCUACGAUCGCAGAAACUGUUGGAGGACCAGAGGUGCCGGUAUCGAGGAAAUUCUGCCACCAAGAUAUCCUCGCAAACUAAUCGGGAAACCCAAGAUGGUUCAAAAACUCCGGAAAAGCGCUCCCAAUUUAUACCUUGCUCGGAACCACAACCAAUACGACCAAAAGUGAUCCUCGAGCGGGAGCGCCAGGCAGUCAUAACCAACCGUGCGGUAUCAGUAUCGAUUGACCGGCCAAAAACAAAGCCACCAACGAGCAGCUUCACAUCGAGCCGUCAGUUGGUGCCCUCGAUUGGUUUCUCGUACCCCAAGGAUCCAAAGAGCCUACCCACAUCUAGCAAAGCAACCAAGCUGACCAACUCAAAGCGCAAGCUGGAUUUCCACACGGAUUUGGGCAAGGAUUCGCUGCGGCAGAAGCUGGAUAGAAUUUCAAAGGAAUGGCAAAAAACGACAGAGUACCAGCUAAGUCAGUUCAUAGCGGAUUUUGUGAAGCAGCUGGUUCGUUUUCUACCCUUUUGUGGUGUAAAAUUUUCGCAUCUUAGCAGUGAUUGCUAUAUGCAGCAGAUGAUGGAGGCACUGCAGCAGCUCCACUAUGCGAAAAAGGUGAGCAAAAGUUGGCUACGCAUGCCAAUCACCCAAAAAGCUUUUGGCGAUGUGCUAGAAAUGCUACAUUUCUUGUUGAAUGUUGUUGAAACCCGAAGCGAGGAGGGGAUAUGUAAGAUUCCUAUUAUUUCAGAAAAACAGGCAAUGUUUAAGCAGACUGCCAGAGAUUUUAGUCCAAUGAAAGGAGCCACAGAAUAUAGAAAAAUAAAGAUAGAGCCGUCUUUUGAUAGCAAUUGUAGUAUAUCCAAUGAAAUAAUGAGGUUGCAAGAAAAUGUCCAGAAUCUAAAAUGCCAAAAUGAUAAAUUAAACUGCCAAGAGGACCUGAAGCCGAUUAACUUCAUAACCACCAAUGAAAUAAUGGAUGGAGUUACUAAUCUUGACUACGCAAUAUUGCUGGAUAAUCAGGAGGAGCGUUUGCAUGAAUUACAACUGCAUCGUCUCCGUCUCCAGGAGAUUUCCGAGCUUGUGAGCCUUGCCAAGCUGAAAUUAAAACGCUGUUGUACAGGGGACAAAGAAAGUAUCCAUGCUUUUAAUGAGCAAAUUGGAGGUUUGGCAGCCUCCUUACUGGUUUUAAAGAAAAUAAGGCCGAAAACCCAGUUACAUUUAACUGUGAAUUCCACGUUAGAUGAGAUUAACGAGCGUAAGGAGCAGCUCCAGCAGAUGUAUGAAGAGAAUUACUCAAAUCUUUUGCAGUUAAACAUAUAGCCACCUUAAGUGAACCUUACGGCGAAGUAAGCCACAUGUCUCAAUGAAUCUCAUAAGGUUAGAGUUAAUUUAAGCAAAUAUUUGCGUGUUACGUAAGUUGCACACUGAGCCCAGCAUUUAAGCUGCUGGCUUAGUAAUUCCUUCCUGAUUUAUUUAAUUGAAUUUAUCAACUGGAAGCUUCGGCAAUGUCCUCGAUUUAAGUUCCUGUAAUUGACAUUUGAAUGAGUCAUCGGCAGCUUGGCUACACUUUCUUAAAGGAAAUAGCUGAAAAGUUAAGCUGCUUAACUUCCAACUACAUAAAAGUUUACAUUUUUCGGGGUUUCUUGGAAGCAAUUUUUCGUGAAUAUAAUAAUGUCUAUCUUAAGAUUUAAAAAAUCAUUUUAGUGUAAAGGUUCUGUUUAUUUAAAAAACAUCACAAGCAAUGUACUUUAAGUUUUGCGUAAAAUAUUAGCGAAUAUUUACGUAUCAAUUUAUAGUUAUCAGUUUAUUGAAAAAUUCAGUAUUACUUCCGUACUUAAAAAAAAACUUCGUAAAUGUAAAAACGAAUCAACAUUUAGGUGCGUAAAUCUUUUUCUGUAAAACAAUAAAAUAAAAGGAAAUUUGUGUGUAA